ACGCGUGGCCGGUGGAGGACGAAGCGGAGCGGGAGCCGCGCGCACCCAUCGCGUAUGCCUAUCAGUAGCGACGUCAUGGGUAGCCUCGUCGGCAGGUACGCACGUUUUUGGCAGCGGUGUUCCGUGCCCUUAGCCGUGGCAAUGGUGUCCGUCGUCGUCGUGAACGUAGCUCGCGAACCGGCGCGCAGCGCGUCGCUGAUUUAAGUCGCGCAGUGCUGCCGUGACGGUCGAUCGAAGCGCGCCGCUGGUCUACCUGGGAAUGCACCUCAACGAUGCAUCGGCCCCGACGCUACCACGUCCCGACAGAGCCGUCGUCGUUGUUCUUGGCCCAUUGCGUGUCCAGCAGGCUCGUGCAUCGUCCAGUGGUCGCGUAAACGUUUCGAAGUGACCUACCCCUAGACAACGGAACGCGCACAACUACGUGAUAGCUGUACCGGAGAACCGCCAUCGUUCUAACCGCCGCAUCCUGUGUGCGUCGACGACCAGGCAUACCUAACCGAUUAUGGAUUCCGCCGUCUAUCAGGUGCGUCUCGCGUCACUCGUGACGGAUUCCUUACGAAAUCGCGCGAAGGCACGCUAGUCUGCCGUAAGAUUGUAAAUCCUCUCGACAGAGGACCUGGUCCCGGAGCCUCGAGGUGUAAACAACGAGAUCCGGAGUCGCGCGAACGAGAGGAAGUUCCAUGUUCGGUUGCAGCUGCGUACGAAGAAAGGAUUAGCAUUCGAUAGCCGUUGUUCGAGCGAACGGAUAGCAUCGGGGCGGUGUUCGCGGCUCGAGGAAGGGUUCGACGACACCGAGGGUCCUGGUGCUGCCCGAAAAAGGCCGCCGGGAUACGGAUAUAGAACGUCGACGGUCGGGGAAAGAUCGAAGAGAAGCAGUCGACGGGAGGUUGGCCUCGCUGGCGAGAUUCCUGGCGCGUUCGGGAAUCGAUAGUCGGGAUUCCGGGAGCGGUUGUCGCGCGACGAAACGAACCGCGCUCGGUUACGCGAUAAAACGUAUUAUCGACGAGACGAUUAAUUAAUACCACUCGAGACUUGCGCCUCGCGCGAAUCGAAGAAUCGCGAACCGAGGGUGCGCUGAAGCGUCGACGAGGGGUGAGAACGCAGGUUACUCGUGGCCGGGAGUCCCCCUUCUGAUGGUACAACGAGUGACUCAGAACCGGUGGACGAGCGCAUACGACGUGCGCAGUCCCCGAAAACAGCGUCCAUGCCGUCGUCGCGGCGCAAAUACAACACCAUGGUUCCACGUGCAGGCCCCCCGAUGAUCGUGCUCGCUCUGGUGAUCCUGGUAUGCUGGCCGAGAUGCGGCCAGGCAGGCCUCGCGAGGUUCUACGAGUCCGUACCGGAACACCUUCAGGCGGACAAACGUAUACCGAUCGACGACUACGCGAUGCACGGACCGAUCGUCGACGAACAAGAGUUCCCGCGCGACCUACGAGAACCGUAUCCGGGGAAGAGUUUCGGUCCAAUGGGGCCAGUAGACGGCUCCUUGCCGGACGACGUCUCCUUUCGAAGCCUGUCGGCGGGUAAAGGCGACGCCAGUCAUCCGGUGGAGUCUCAUCUAGCCUCUCACGGGGCCGAGGCGGGGCCGGGCAAGCCCCUACAUCCGAAACCGGACUACAAAGUCAUCUCGGUGGAGUUCCAUCGCGUCGAGACGCCGUUCGUCAUCGGCAUAUGGAUCUUCUUCGCCAGCAUCGCGAAAAUAGGCUUUCACAUGACGCCGAGGCUCAGCAAGAUCUUUCCGGAGUCCUGUUUGCUGAUCGUUGUCGGCGUCGUGGUUGGUGUCUUACUGUUCCAGGCGAGCAGCGUCCACGUGUCGCCGCUCACGCCCGACACGUUCUUCCUGUACAUGCUGCCGCCCAUUAUCCUGGACGCCGGUUACUUCAUGCCGAACCGACUGUUCUUCGACCACCUGGGGACGAUACUCCUGUUCGCCGUCGUUGGGACUAUAUUCAACACGAUGUCGAUAGGCGCAUCUCUGUGGGUGUUGGGUAAGAGCGGUCUGUUCGGCUGCGAAACACCGAUACUGGACAUGUUCCUCUUCUCCGCGUUGAUCAGCGCCGUCGAUCCCGUUGCUGUGUUGGCCGUCUUCGAGGAAAUUCACGUGAACGAGAUCCUGUACAUCGUGGUAUUCGGAGAGAGUCUUUUGAACGAUGCCGUCACCGUCGUGCUGUACCACAUGUUCGAGGCGUACACGGAAAUGGGACCCUCGAGAAUCCUUUACACGGACGUGCUGUCGGGACUGGCGUCGUUCUUCGUCGUGGCCAUCGGAGGAACCAUAAUAGGCGUGAUAUGGGGCUUUGCUACUGGUUUCGUCACAAGGUUCACCCAUCAGGUCCGGGUGAUCGAGCCCAUCUUCAUCUUCGUCAUGGCCUACCUGGCCUACCUGAACGCUGAGAUCUUUCACAUGUCGAGCAUUCUGGCGAUCACCUUCUGCGGCAUUACCAUGAAGAAUUACGUGGAGGCCAACAUAUCGCACAAGUCCCACACGACCGUCAAGUACACGAUGAAAAUGCUGUCGAGCGGCUCGGAGACCAUCAUAUUCAUGUUCCUCGGGGUCGCCACCGUGAACAACGCUCACAACUGGAACACGUGGUUCGUUCUCAUGACCAUCGUCUUCUGCUCCGUCUACCGGAUCCUCGGCGUGAUCGUUCUGACAGCUGUGGCGAAUCAGUUCCGGCUGCACAGACUGGACAAAGUAGAGAAGUUCGUGAUGUCUUACGGAGGCUUACGCGGAGCGGUGGCGUUCGCUCUGGUUCUGCUGAUUGACCCGAGACACGUGCCGUUGCAACCGAUGUUCGUCACCACCACCAUCGCGGUCAUCUACUUCACCGUGUUCAUACAGGGCAUCACGAUCAAGCCGCUCGUGAAGAUCCUGAACGUGAAGAGGGCGGAGAGGAAGAAGCCGACCAUGAACGAGAGGAUCCACGAACGGAUAAUGGAUCACGUUAUGGCCGGGGUCGAGGACAUUUUAGGAAAGCACGGCAACUACCACGUCCGAGACAAAUUCAAACGGUUCGAUAAUAAAUUCAUCCGGCCGUAUCUGGUGAGGCACCAUUGCGGCGCCGAGCCGAAAAUCUUGGAAACGUACUCGAAGCUCGCGAUGAAGGACGCCAUGGACUACAUCAGGCGAAACGCGUCCACCAUCGGGAACAUAAGCGGAACGGAGAGCAUGUCCGCCAUAUUCCGCAACUAUAGCAACACGGGACAAUUUCACGGGAGUCCGAGUUGCAGCCAGCUCGAAACGGGCUGGAAUAUUGAUCUCCAAGAGCUGGAGUACAACCCUUCCAAGAAGGACCUGACGGACGCCAGGAUCCACCACCUAUUGGCCGAGGAACUUUGCAAACCUUACAAGAGGCAUCGACGGUUGAGCUACAGCCGGCACGCGGUGAACGAUCGCGACCUCUCGACCCAAGUCAAUUACAAAAUGCACAUGAACAUACGGAGGAUGAUGGGCGAGCACAAGCAUCGUCACAAGCGCAGCAAAAAGUUGCUCAAAGACGGGAAGCAGAAUCACGUGAGUUUCCCGGAGUUCCAGCAGAACGGCUCGACGAAGUUGUUCACCCAAGAUUACAUGAACGGCGUUCUGUACGAGCUGGAGAACGGGGACACCUCAAAGCCUUCCAGCAAAGAGGACUGGGACUCGGCGAUAACUUUCACGGCUCGUACUUCCGACUCGUCGAACGUGAAUGCGGAGAACCAUCACGGCGCCACCACGACCACCUCGAUGGACACCAUCAACACGGACGACCCGGAACUGAAGCUGGGUCGCGACGAAAGCUACAGGGUAACGACGCCCACCGCCACGGAAACGAUGUUGCCGUGGAAGAGGGAGGACGAUUACGAUUCCGGGCACCCGAUCAAGCAGAACGAGUUCCCAGCCUGGUGUUCGAACAAAGAAUACCUGGCGUACAGUUCACCGUCGGCGACAUUCUUAGGUGGAAUCGAGCAACCAAAGGUCCAGUCAGUAAUUGGCCUAUUCCGGCGAGAUAGCGUCUGCACCCCGGACAGCAUGGAUUGUCAAGAUUCCCUGGACAAACACGAUGACUACACGCUGACCGGAACUGAGCAGACGGACUCACCCUCGAGAGCCUCGAACAGUAGGAGGGGUCCGACGAGGAGGGUGUCGAUGAUGGAGCUGGGCUCCAUGGAGAGGCCGCAGUCGGACAAGAUGACGGACGACGGUUCCCAUUCUCUGCCAGAAUGCUGGAACACGCCUCAGAAGUAUCGCAUGGGCUCGUUCCUGAACUCGGCGCAGGUCCCUAGUCUCUCGACCGCCCUCAUAACGUCCUCCUCGGAGUCGUCGGACGACAUCGACGAGGAGGAAGAGAACGCUUGACCCUUGGGGACCGUCGAGGAGCAGACGUCCUCGGACUCCGAGCGUCGACUGUUUCGCCCGUGGCGGCGACCACCUCGACGCUCGUUGCUCUCGUCGCUCCUACGACGGCCUAGCGCCCCUGUCUGAAGCAGAAAAUGGCGCCCACGGUCUCGCGACAACGGCGCGGGGUUCGCCCCCGAAGAGUCGCGCGUCCUCUCCGUCGCCCUCCGUUCGCGUGUCGUUCGGUGCUCCGUACGAAGAAGGACGUUCUUUAGUACACAGAGGGGAGGAAGAGAGAGUCCUCCUCCUUAAGCAGCAGGACCACGAUAACGGAAAGUAUCUUCGUUGACCACCGAUGAUGCGCUCGCUCGCGCGCAGGGACCCGCGUAAGUGUAGUUUUCCAUUGUCCGGCUCGGUGUUCACCGUGUCACGGAUGCUCGGGACGCGGCCAUUUUUUGAUAUAAUCGGACUGUCCCGCGAAUGCUUUUCGAGUGGUAAACGUGAAAGAAAUAGACAGAGAGAGUGAAACGCCGAGAAAGCUAUUUUUUUAAACAGUAUCGUUUCCUCCACGCACGACUGACGGUCGUAGACGAUCGAACCGGGGGAGAACCGGGGGGUGUUCCCGUCAGCUUCUCAGCGAUCUCCCCCCCUUCCGCGUGCCGUUUCCUAGAGCCCGGAUUCCUCUUCGAUCGCGCGUAUCCUGUGCAAUCGCUCGCAAACGAUCGCUGAUUACUUGGUAUCGUGGCCUUAAUGAUUCCUAGAUGUAUCCUAGCCGACCGGAGACGAGAGAACAAAGGUGCGAGAUAUUCCAUCGUCCACGUAGAAAUGCGCGCCUAAGCGACACCGCGAUGGGCUAUAGUUUCUAUCCGCGGAUUUGCUUUCGAGUUCAUAGACGCGAGUCUAGAAGUAGACGCGCCCGACGAGACGCAUUCAGCGGAUUCAGCGUACCGUGAGAGCCGUUCGUUAUGAAAGUUGUGUAAAUACGUUUUACAAAUAACUACGAGUUUCCACAAACACUUGAAAGACGCGUUGAGUUUUCCUGUUUAACUAUGUGGAAGGGAUCGCUGAUAAGAGUGAUCCAGAUGCUAAAACCAAUUAUAAAGAAAAAAAGGUCGAUGUCGCCAUUGUCUCGCGGAAGUGCUGUUUUAAAUAACUAAAAAUUACCUUAUGUCGGUGUCCUCUCGAGUUCAAUCGCUGAAAAGAAUAAAGUAUUCGUUAUGGAAGUAGGGUAAAGGCCACCAGCACGAGUGAUUAUUUUCCUACGACAAUAGCGUCGCGUUCCCAGACCCACGGACGAUUACCAGUGCUAGUGUUUACAAUGAAAAGUAAAAACACGCGUACUUGAAUUAAUGUAACUGUCGAGACACGAAACAGCAUCGUAUCGAUUGGUAGCGCAUGUAGUUCGAAAUUGAUCGAUAAGUAAAUAGAGUGCAAGUCCAUUUGAGAUUCGAUAAUUAUAAAAAUAUCGCAAGUCCGUUUAUGCUUGCCAAACACAUAUUUUUCUUCGAGUCUAUAUUGUUUUAAACGUCUGACAACUAUAUUUAUCGACGAUAAGUUAUUAGAAAUGAGCUUGCACUAUUCUCAUAGCGAACGGCUCGUAUGGAGAAAGAUAGAUCAUUUCCUGGUUAAAGGAAAUGCGGUACUGUGACCGUUUUUUAGAUCAUCCACCAAAAGGAUCUCUAAAGGAGAAAUAAUAAUAAUAAUAAUAAUAAAGCAGUUGCUUCGUUCAGAGUCACAAGAAACUCGAGGAUCAACCAAACGAGCAUUGCAUGAAUAUGUAUGUGGUGAAUCCACGUUAAGUGAUGUUUGUUCGAGGCAUGGAUUUAACGUUAGAAAUUUUUUUGUCAGAUCAACUCGUUACCUUACGUAGAAUUAAAAUUAAAAUUGAUCGUACAAGGUACCAGUUUUUUUUUGUUAAUAAUUUAACAGAGAGUUAGAAGAACAGAAAGACCAAUGAAUUUUAUGAACAUAGCCCUGUGCUUACCAAAACUGUUUUUAUUAUUUUUCCAAUUGGUAAAUUCAACCCUCGAGCCUGAAAUGCACUUACGUGGAUCCAGCUUUGCAUAAAAUCUUACCGGGGAUCGUCCAAGUCCUUCGCGGCGACAAACAUACGGAAGUUGUCCAAACGCUCCACUCCUUAAGUAUGGCCUUAAAA